AAGAAGAGUGUCAACAUGACAGAAUGCGUCUCGGUGCCCAGCUCGGAACAUGUGGCAGAAAUCGUGGGCCGUCAAGGAUGCAAGAUCAAAGCCCUGAGAGCGAAAACUAACACUUAUAUCAAAACACCGGUGAGAGGAGAGGAACCCAUUUUUAUUGUGACAGGGCGGAAAGAGGACGUGGAGAUGGCCAAGCGAGAGAUCCUUUCGGCUGCUGAGCACUUUUCUGUGAUCCGGGCCACUCGCAACAAAGUCAACGGCAUGGCUGGCUCCGUUCUGGCGCCUCCAAACCUCCCCGGGCAGACCACCAUCCAAGUAAGGGUCCCUUACCGCGUGGUCGGGCUAGUGGUGGGCCCAAAGGGAGCCACCAUCAAGCGCAUCCAGCAACAGACGCACACCUACAUCGUGACCCCAAGCCGGGACAAGGAACCGGUCUUUGAGGUGACGGGCAUGCCGGAGAACGUGGACCGGGCGCGGGAGGAGAUUGAGGCCCACAUUACCAUGAGGACGGGCUCCUUCAUCGACAUCAACAUCAACAACGACUUUCAUUCCAACGGCACCGACGUUUGCCUCGACUUGAUGGGGGGCAAUCCAUCCAGCCUGUGGUCAAAAGCACCUCACCCUGCCCGACGGACUGUGCCCAGUUUACGUAAUGAUAACCUUGGUUCCUCGGGUAGUGCUACCUCGGCCACCGAGCCUUACUUCGGGGGCCAUGUGGCUGAAAGCCCCCCUACGGGCUCCUUUGUUUCCAGCAACAGCAGUUACUCUUUCAGCGAACCCCCAGCCCCCGGACUGGGCUCUGAUGACGGUGAUUUUGGGUUUGACUUCUUGGCCUUGGACCUCACCACACCAACCACCAUCUGGUCCCCCUUUGAGGCUCCCAAUAACCCUCUCCAGGUCUUCAGCAGUUCUUCCACCUCCUCAGUGAACGGAAAUGUUCAGAGACGCAACAGCAUGCUCAGCACCACUGCCACGCCUCGGCAUUCCCCCACCCUUCCAGAGCCUGCGGUGGCUCUGGAGCAUCCUUUGGCCCGGCGCAUCCAGAGCGAUCCAGUCAGUGCCCUGGCCUGGCUGCCGGCCCAGGGCUCCAUGUCAUCCUUCUCCAACAGCACCGGCUACUCCUCCUCUUCCCCGCUACCAAGCAGCAUCUCCGCCACUUCUGGCUCGCCUACUGAUUCAAACAGUUCGGAACGGGCUCGCAAGAAUUCCCGCGAGUGCAUGGUGUGCUUUGAGAGCGAAGUGAUUGCUGCCCUCGUGCCCUGUGGCCACAACCUCUUCUGCAUGGAGUGUGCCAUGCGCAUCUGUGGCCGGGUGGAGCCCCAGUGCCCUGCCUGCCACACGCCAGCCACGCAAGCCAUCCAUAUUUUCUCAUAGCCACUGAGUGGGUGGGACUCACCAUGCAU